AUGGAUUUGUUCACUGUUCUCUUGAUUGUUCUCGUGAUGGCUUCAACUGUUGUCUUUUCAUUAACUUGUGCCGGUGAUCUUGACGACUAUUUGAACACCGAGGUAUCACCAAGAGCGAGGCCCAAGGGAUAUGCUACAAUAAGGGUGCUCCUCAGUGCUUUACGCCCGCUGAUCGUGUGUUCUACCAGGAGUGCGGGAAUGUCUCGUUCAUAA